GUGUGUUCAUUCGAACCCCUCAAAAAAGGAAAAAAAAGACCACCCCGCCCACCUCUAUGAGUCAAGCGGAGGACGGAGUGGAUUAACGGGGAUUCGCACAAGCAUCAGAGCGCAGGGGAACAGUCGCGAUGGGGAGCAGCGAUUCCAAGCUGAACUUCAGGAAGGCGGUGAUUCAGCUGACGACCAAAACACAGCCAGUGGAAGCCACCGACGACGCCUUCUGGGACCAGUUCUGGGCAGACACCACCACCACAGUCCAGGAUGUUUUUGCUCUGGUGCCAGCCGCCGAGAUAAGAGCUGUUCGAGAGGAGUCACCUUCUAAUUUAGCAACCCUCUGCUAUAAGGCGGUGGAGAAGCUGGUCCAGGGCGCGGAGUCGGGCUGCCCUAGCGAGAAGGAGAAACUGGUGAUCCUCAACUGCACACGCAUCCUCACCCGCAUCCUGCCCUACAUCUUCGAGGACCAGGACUGGAGGGGGUUCUUCUGGUCCACUGUGCCUGGUGCGGGCCGGGCUGGGGCAGAUGAGAUGGAUGAGGACGAAGGAGCCCGGCCGCUGGCCGAGUCCCUGCUGUUGGCCAUCGCUGACCUGCUCUUCUGUCCGGACUUCACCGUGCACAGUCACAAGAGAGGCCCGGACUCUGUGGAGAGCAUGCACUCCAUCGACAGCUGCGAGUACAUUUGGGAAGCGGGAGUGGGCUUCGCUCAGUCCCCGCCUCUCAAUUACAUCCACGACUUGAACAGGACGGAGCUCUUGCGGUUGCUGCUCACCUGCUUCUCCGAGGCCAUGUACCUGCCCUCCUCCUCCGACAACAGCGUGCUCAACCCCUGGGUGACCUUCUUCUGCUCCACGGAGAACAGACACGCUUUACCGCUGUUCACCUCCCUCCUCAACGUGGUUUGUGCCUACGACCCGGUGGGCUACGGCAUCCCCUAUAACCACCUGCUGUUUUCGGACUACCGGGAGCAGCUGGUGGAACAGGCCGUGCAAAUCCUCAUUGUCACCCUGGAGCACGACGGAGGAGGUCCACACCGCCCCCCCUCGCCCUCCAGCAUUGAGGAACAAGAGGCCACUGGCCCGGAAAACCUGUUUGUGAACUACUUGUCCCGGAUACACCGAGAGGAGGACUUUGACUUCGUCCUCAAAGGUCUGGCGCGUCUGCUGACCAACCCGCUGACCCAGACCUACCUGCCCAACUCCACCAAGAAGAUCCAGUUCCAUCAGGAGCUGCUAGUGCUCUUCUGGAAGUUGUGCGACUUCAACAAGAAGUUCCUGUUCUUUGUCCUGAAGAGCAGUGACGUCCUGGACAUCCUGGUUCCCAUCCUCUACUACCUGAACGACGCCCGAGCUGACCAGUCUCGCGUCGGGCUGAUGCACAUCGGGGUGUUCAUCCUGCUGCUGCUGAGCGGAGAGAGGAACUUCGGCGUGCGCCUGAACAAACCCUACUCCAUCCAUGUGCCAAUGGACAUCCCGGUGUUCACGGGGACGCACGCUGACCUGCUUAUCGUGGUCUUCCACAAGAUUAUCACCACAGGCCACCAGCGUCUGCAGCCCUUAUUUGACUGCCUGCUCACCAUUAUAGUGAAUGUUUCCCCGUAUCUGAAAAGCUUGUCGAUGGUGGCAGCCAACAAACUGCUGCAUCUGCUGGAGGCCUUUUCCACCACCUGGUUCCUGUUCUCUACAGCUCAGAACCACCACCUGGUCUUCUUCCUCCUGGAGGCGUUCAACAACAUCAUCCAGUAUCAGUUUGACGGAAACUGCAACCUGGUCUACGCCAUCAUCCGUAAACGGAACGUGUUCCACCAGCUCGCCAACCUCCCGUCCGACCCCGUCUCCAUUCAAAAAGCCCUGCAGAGGAAGAAAGGAAAAACACCCGACGUCAUUUCCCGCACCAGCUCGCAGGAGACGGUGUCCAUGGAGGGAUCACAUCCCGCUGUUCCUGCUGAGCCUGGGACUCUGAAGGCCACUCUAGUGGCCAUGCCAGGCAUCGAUAAGCUGACGGAGAAGUCUCAGGUUUCGGAAGACGGCACCAUGGUGUCUGUCCCGAAGAAAGACCCUUCGCUCUGCGCUGACCAGAGCGCCGCCGCCGGCACCAGCGACACGGAGUCGAACUCAGGAAGAGACAAUGAAGAUGUCUUCUACACCGAGGCGGAGAUGGAGCGCCGACGCCUGUCCAGUGCGUCUUCCACAUCCUGCUGGGCUCCCUCACAGGACUGGGUCCUCUCCUGGAAGUGCAAGCUCCCCCUGCAGACCAUCAUGCGUCUGCUCCAAGUCCUGGUCCCCCAAGUGGAGAAGAUCUGCAUUGACAAGGGUCUCACAGAUGAAUCUGAGAUCCUCAAAUUUCUUCAGCACGGAACCUUAGUGGGCCUCCUGCCCGUUCCUCACCCCAUCCUCAUCAGGAAGUACCAAGCGAACGCCGGCACCGCGAUGUGGUUCCGCACCUACAUGUGGGGCGUUGUCUAUUUGCGGAACGUGGAUCCUCCCAUCUGGUACGACACAGACGUGCGCCUGUUUGAAAUCCAGAGGAUGUAACUCGCAGCUGUGAAACGCCGGAUCCCUCUUCUCCUGACGGGUGACGUCGUCGUUGCUUCUCAUACCAAAAAUCAGCUUUCGUGCAGCAGUGAGGCAUGUUUCAGCUCCGCAAUGUCUCGAGACAAACGUCAGAAUAACAAAGCGGUUUUCUUUGUCGUGCUUUGAAGUGAAUUUGCACAUCUUGGUUGUAAUUUAUGUGACAAUGUUAUUUAUCAGGAGACGAUACAGAUUGUAUGUCCAAUCAGAUGAAGGCUUCUGGUUGGUUUGCUGACGUUUGAGGUCUAAAGUUGUAUUUUCCUGAAUCUAUUAAUAUAUAUUAUAAAUUAACCAAAGUUUAAACAA